AUGAUUCAGCAUAUUUCUCGAGCUACUCUUAAUAGCGUCAAAAACGGUACCCGAAACGUGUUUUCACUGUUUGAUAUUGGGACACAUCCACAAUGUUGCGGCGCAGGACUACAUGCAGCACAAAGCAGGCGGACUAGUUCACAUCGACAACAGCCGGAGGAAUUGAUCAUUAUGGGGAAGAAGUAUAAGACGGAUUUGCAGACUAAUGUGACACCGGGGAUUUUGAGCUUAGUGGGGCGUGAUUUGUACAAAGAUCCAAACCAUCCUGUUGGGAUCCUCCGGAAAAUCGUUGAGGAUCAGUUUGAAGAACCAGAGUACACGAAGUUCGACGAUUUUGAACCCGUGGUGUCGACGUAUGAGAAUUUCGACGUGCUCGGCUUCCCCAAAGACCAUCCGGGGAGAUCUGUGCACGAUUCAUACUAUAUAAACAACAACUACUUGCUGAGAACGCACACAUCUGCCCACGAGCAUAAGUGCUUUGAGAGAUGCGACUCGCCCGGGUAUUUGAUUGCGGGCGACGUGUACAGGCGAGAUGAAAUAGACAGGACCCACUAUCCGGUUUUCCACCAGAUGGAGGGUGCUAGGCACUGGGAUCGGUCUUGUUAUCGAAGCGAGCAGGACAUGCUGGCGUCAAUGGAGGCGGAGGUUGCCCAGCUUUCGAAAACCACGCAGGGAGACGUGGUGGUGAAGGAUGUGGGCCACGAUCCGGUCAAAAACCCAACUCAGCCAUUUAUGACCGAGCAGGAAACAGAUCUGGUGGCCAAACACUUGAAAAGAAUGCUCGAGAAGGUCGUUGCCAGCAUAUUCAACGCUGCCAAGGCCGCUGCCAAGGCUGCCGGAUCCAAGGAAGAGUACUUAAAUGAGCCUUUGAAGGUCCGGUGGGUCGAGGCAUACUUUCCAUGGACUUCCCCAUCCUGGGAGAUUGAGGUGUGGUGGAAGGGCGAAUGGCUCGAGUGCUUGGGCUGCGGAGUUGUCCGGGAGUUGGUGUUCGAGAACUCCGAAAAGAAGAACACCAUAGGUUGGGCAUUCGGACUAGGCCUCGAUCGUUUGGCCAUGCUCCUAUUCGAUAUUCCUGACAUUCGCCUCUUCUGGACCCUGGACCCCCGCUUCAAGAAUCAGUUCCAUUCCGGACAGAUCUCGCUAUUUAAGCCAUAUUCCCGCUACCCUGGCACCAAGAGAGACAUUUCGUUCUGGCUUCCCCGCGGAAAAGACGGCGAAACACUGCCUUUGAAUGCUAACGACCUCAUGGAGAUAGUUCGUGAGAACUCCGGCGAUCUUGCCGAGAGUGUCAAGUUGAUAGAUGAGUUUGUUCACCCGAAAACAGGCCGUAAGUCACAAUGCUACAGGGUGAAUUACCAGUCUAUGGACCGGAGUUUGACCAACGACGAAGUCAAUGCGUUGCACCAGAAGUCGUUGAAGGAGCUUGUUGAGCGUUUUCGCAUCCAGUUGAGGUAG